CGCUGGCGCUGAAACCCGAGAGAGAAGUGACAGGUAGGAGGACCGUUGUGUAGCUACGAGACCAGACAGACUCACAUAAGACAAAAAUGUCAAACUCAUGAAAGAAAAUGGUUCAUAGAAAAGUCGACAGUUGGUGAGAGAGACCGUUAUAAAAGUUUUGAUGGGAAGUUGCCAGAAAAAUGCAUAUCAGUUUGAGAAUACACUUUACAACUUCGAUGUGGAUCAUUUCAUAUUUAUUAAGGUCACAAUGAGUGGCCAAACUUUUUUAAACUUAAAAUUGUCAUAACAAAAAUGAAUUUAUAGCCCAUAUAAAAUACGUGGGGCAAGUGUCAGAAUGAUUUGUCAACGGAAGGCGCUUGUCAUUGGAGGAUGAUCACUAAAUUAGAUCAGAAUACACUACAGAAGGAAGUUGUGGAUGUAUUCAACGGGUCGAGACAUAAUACCCCCUUGAUCACAGACACUUUCUAUCGCUCUUCAAAUGAAAUAGCCUACAAUCUCAGUUCAUCAUGCACAGAAGGAGGAUGCUUCAGGCACUCCCUGUUUUUAUAUUAAUGUUCUUCAUCGUUUUAAUCGUGGACUUUCAACUAAGGACGCGGAAUCUCCACAAACUCAAUUCUAUUCACAAUCCGUUCGGGGAAGACUUACUGCGCUCGAUUCAAGAGACGCCUCUCUCCGCGGCAAAGGAGUCACCAAAGCCGGUCAGGUUUCCUCGACAACCCGCCGCUGUCUCUACUAUGAACCAGACUGUUGGUGGCUUACAAGCGGAGAUACAGAGAAGGAGAGACACGUUGAGGGCUUUGGAACAGAGAAGGGUUGUCAUCACUCCAUCCCUGUUGAGGUUAACGGACAUCUUCCUCGCGGUGAAGAGCACCGGGAGGUUCCACGGCACGCGCCUCUCUCUCCUCCUCGAGACGUGGAUCUCCAAGACCAAGGAGCACACGUUCAUCUUUACAGACACGGAGGAUGAAGACAUCACCUCCAGAGGUUACAAUGUGAUCGUGACAGAUUGUCCGUCGGACCACAGUCACCAGGCUCUGUCCUGUAAGAUGUCUGCUGAAUAUGACCACUUCAUGGCCUCCGAUAAGAAGUGGCUGUGUCAUGUUGACGAUGAUAACUACGUGAAUCCUGGAGCUCUUCUCUCCCUGCUCUCAGCCUUCCCCCAAGACGGUGAUGUCUACGUGGGCAAGCCCAGCCUCGACCACCCCAUCAAGGCCCAUGAACUACUGGAGAGCAACAAGACAAAAGAAGUGCAGUUCUGGUUUGCCACGGGAGGAGCAGGCUUCUGUCUGAGUCGCAGACUAGCUGAGAAGAUGGCUCCAUGGGCUAGUGGUCCCAGGUUUGAGCAGACGUCAGCAGUGAUCCGUCUGCCAGAUGACUGUACAGUCGGCUUCAUCGUAGAGAGAAGACUGGGGAUAUCCAUGGUCCACAGUGCAAUGUUCCACUCUCACCUGGAGAACCUGCUACUGCUGACGCCCAGCAAUAUACCUCUACAGGUGACUCUUAGUUAUGGGCUGUUUGAGAACAAGAUGAACAGUGUGGAGCUGAAUAGACUCUUCUCCAAGGAGGAUGAUCCCUCCAGGUUUAAGACGGUCCACUGUCUACUCUAUCCACUGACCAGCUGGUGCCCUUGAAGACUCCAACUCCCAGCAGCACCGGUGCCUCCUGAGACUUUCCCAAAUGAUGUCAGCACUUCCUGUAUUCUCGGUGUGUCUCAAUAAUCAAUCUUUUCUCCUGAAGUGUACACUCGUUUACUACUUCCAACAAAUCUAAAAGUGACGGGUUGGUCGAGGUUUGGGCUAGUGGGAGUUUCACCCUUGCGUCUUACCCCGGUCAUUAACUUUGAAAUCAGUGUACAAACUUUGGGAGCAAGGAGAGAUAAUUGGGACACAGCCCUGGUUUUACAUGGAAAUGUAAAACAAGCACUAGUCUGGUGCAGAAUGCAGCCUACACUUCCUGUAGCCCUCCAGAGCCCUUACCAAGACUAGGAGCCCUCCAGAGCCCUUACCAAGACUAGGAGCCCUCCAGAGCCCUUACCAAGACUAGGAGCCCUCCAGAGCCCUUACCAAGACUAGGAGCCCUCCAGAGCCCUUACCAAGACUAGGAGCCCUCCAGAGCCCUUACCAAGACUAGGAGCCCUCCAGAGCCCUUAACAGGACUAGGAGCCCCACAGAGCCCUUACCAAGACUAGGAGCCCUCCAGGGCCCUUAACAGGACUAGGAGCCCCCCAGGGCCCUUAACAGGACUAGGAGCCCCCCAGGGCCCUUAACAGGACUAGGAGCCCCCCAGAGCCCUUACCAAGACAGCACUUGCAUCAUUUAUUUGCAGGUGUGUAUAUUUGUUGAACAGACACCAAAAUAAUUAUGAAUAUACCCAUUUUAAUAGAUUUGUAAAACUUCUUAUGAUGACCUCUGGUGAAACUCACUGCUGUAAAAUAUCUGCCGUUUUUUGAAUCUGUUCUGUUAUGAAAACUGUUUUGAAAUUGUUGGAAAGGCGUGUUUUUAUUUAAUUUUAAGACCUUGUUUAACUUUAAAAGUGUAUUCACGUCCCAGUCUGGGCUGUCUGUACAUAGUUCCUGGUUUCUGCAAAGCCUGAAAGAAUCAACAUGGUUUACACAGCCUUGAAGGAGAGGUGUGUGUUGAGCUGCUUUGUGUGUGCUGGAGAUACAAUGUGUGUGUUUGUGUGUGUGUGAGACAAGGAGAGUGUGUCAAACGGAGUGUGUGGGGGGGGGGGGGGCCUUAAGGGAGAAAUUAUAUUAAAAUCUAUAUAUUACUAGUAUUCUUUUUUUAAAUGAAGCCCAGCUCAUGAGACCCCUGGACAAUGUGAGGCCUGAGGCAAUUCCCUCUUCUGCCUAAUGGCCUGCAAUUGCAGAUGGCACACACCACAACCACUUCAGAUUCAGGCUAUGAGCAAUGAUUUAGACCAGGUGUGUGUGUGUGUGUGUGUGUGUGUGUGUGUGUGUGUGUGUGUGUGUGUGUGUGUGUGUGUGUGUGUGUGUGUGUGUGUGUGUGUGUGUGUGUGUGUGUGUGUGUGUGUUUGUGUCAUAUGAAGGAGAGUGAGUAGAUCUGAGCUACAGAUGACAGACAUGAUUUGCUGGGUCGUAGCGGUUCAGGACUCUCAGAGGACUGAGAGGGAUACAGGGAAUCGGUGAAGGGUUAAAUAAGAUUGGGGAUUGUGAUUGACAGUCUGUGUGUGUUCUCAGUGUGUGUACUCUCUGUGUGUCUAUCUCCAGUGGUGCAUGGACACCACUCUUCCCCCAUGUUCUCCCAGAGGUAUACACAGAAACAGUGAGGGGUGUACUCAACCGUCACCUCAAGGCCACACACUAUGUGUGUGUGUGUGUGUUUGUGUUUGUGUGUAUGUAUCUCUGUGUGUGUAUCUCUCUGUUUCUGUGUGUGUGUGUGUGUGUGUGUGUAUCUGUGUGUGUAUCUCUCUGUUUCUGUGUGUGUGUGUGUUUUUGUGUAUCUCUGUGUGUGUAUCUCUCUGUUUCUGUGUGUGUGUGUGUUUUUGUGUAUCUCUGUGUGUGUAUCUCUCUGUUUGUGUGUGUGUGUGUGUGUGUGUGUGUGUGUGUGUGUGUGUGUGUGUAUCUGUGUGUGUAUCUCUCUGUUUCUGUGUGUGUGUGUGUUUUUGUGUAUCUCUGUGUGUGUAUCUCUGUGUUUCUGUGUGUGUGUGUGUGUGUGUUAAUAUGUGUAUCUCUCUGUUUCUGUGUGUGUGUGUUAAAAUGUGUAUCUCUCUGUUUCUCUGUGUGUGUUAAAAUGUGUAUCUCUCUGUUUCUCUGUGUGUGUUAAAAUGUGUAUCUCUCUGUUUCUCUGUGUGUGUGUGUGUGUUUGUGUAUCUCUGUGUGUGUAUCUCUGUGUUUCUGUGUGUGUGUGUGUGUUAAUAUGUGUAUCUCUCUGUUUCUGUGUGUGUGUGUUAAAAUGUGUAUCUCUCUGUUUCUGUGUGUGUGUUUUUGUGUAUCUCUGUGUGUGUAUCUCUGUGUUUCUCUGUGUGUGUGUGUGUGUGUUAAUAUGUGUAUCUCUCUGUUUCUGUGUGUGUGUUUCACCAAGGAGAAGGGACUUACUCUCCACAAUAUGACUCAUAUCCUCCCUGGUCUCAGAGGUGGCGUGACGUCAUGACAGUCCCGUGUCGCUCAGUUAGUAGAGCAUGGUGCUUGCAACACCAGGGUUGUGGGUUUGAUUCCCACGGGGGACCAGCAGGAAAAUGUAUUCACUCACUAAGUAACUCUGGAUGAGCGCGUCUGCUAAAUGACCACAGUGUGAAAUGUUAGGAACUGAACCAAGCGUGUGUGAUGCACAGAGAUACUAUAAGAAGUGUGUACUGGUACUCUAUAAAAGGCAGCGAUUGGCCCACUGUAGGGAUAAAAUGGACCCAGGCUGUGAUAGUUGGAGUGCAGCACUCACUGUUGUGUUUGUGUUGCUCUCAGCGCUGCAGUUUCAUCUUCUGUCUCAUAAAACCGCUCUACAGGAUUCUGAAAGGUUGUCAGGGAGGGAAUAGAGUUGCCCUGGGUCUCAACGAAUGCCAAUGUUCCAUUUGAGACCUCUCUAGACCUUUCUACAUCCCCCGGCUGAGCGGAGUGUGUCUGGAGAGAACGACUGAACAAAGAUAUUCUCAUCUCUUAGUAUUUGUGUAUCCACUGACCCUAACUAACCAACAAUUCCAAGCCUAUACUGUUGUUUAAAGAAGAAUGGGGAACAAGACAGAAUGGGGCAUUUUUUGCACACUUUUGUUUAUAUCCCUGUUUGUGAGCAUUUGCCAAGAUAAUCCAUCCACCUGACAGAUGUGGCAUAUCAAGAAGCCGAUUCAACAGCAUGAUCAUUACACGGGUGCACCUUGUGCUGGGGACAAUAAAAAGCCACUUUAAAAUGUGCAGUUUUGUUACACAACACAAUGCCACAGAUGUCUCAAGUUGAGGGAGCGUGUAAUUGGCAUGCUGACUACAGGAAUGUCCACCAGAGCUGUUGCCAGAUAAUUAUAUGUGAAUUCUUUAUUUACAAUAAGCCGCCUCCAAAAUCAUUUUAGAGAAUUAGGCAGUACUUUCAUCAGUACUUUCAUCAGGCAGUACUUUCAUCAGUACUUUAAUUUCAUGUAACCUCGCCAGCCCAGGACCUCCACAUCUGGCUUCUUCACCAGCGGGGUCGUCUGAGACCAGCCACCCGGACAGCUGAUCAAACUGUGGGUUUGUCUGAGACCAGCCACCCGGACAGCUGAUCAAACUGUGGGUUUGUCUGAGACCAGCCUCCCGGACAGCUGAUCAAACUGUGGGUUUGUCUGAGACCAGCCACCCGGACAGCUGAUCAAACUGUGGGUUUGUCUGAGACCAGCCACCCGGACAGCUGAUCAAACUGUGGGUUUGUCUGAGACCAGCCACCCGGACAGCUGAUCAAACGGUGGGUUUGAUGACAGCUGAUCAAACUGUGGGUUUGAUGACAGCUGAUGAAACUGUGGGUUUGAUGACAGCUGAUCAAACUGUGGGUUUGAUGACAGCUGAUCAAACUGUGGGUUUGCACAAAACCGAAGAAUUUCUGCACAAACGGUCAGAAACCGUCUCAGGGACGCUCAUCCGUAUGCUCGUCAUCCUCACCAGGCUCUUGACCUGACUGCAGUUCAGCAUCGUAACCGAGUUCAAUGGACAAAUGCUCACCUUCGAUGGCCACUGGCACGCUGGAGAAGUGUGCUCUCCAUGGAUGAAUCCUGGUUUCAAUUGUACCAGGCAGAUGGCAGACAGCGUGUAUUGUGUAUUGUGGGUAAGUGGUUUUCUGAUGUCAGCAUUGUGAACAGAGUGCCCCAUGGUGGUGGUGGGGUUAUAGUAUGGGCAGGCCCAAUUUUUCAGUUUUUGAUUUGUUAAAAAAAGUUUGAAAUAUCCAAUAAAUGUCGUUCCACUUCAUGAUUGUGUCCCACUUGUUAUUGAUUCUUCACAAAAAGUACAGUUUUAUAUCUUUAUGUUUGAAGCCUGAAAUGUGGCAAAAGGUCGCAAAGUUCAAGGGGGCUGAAUACUUUCGCAAGGCACUGUAUCUGUGACCAAAGGGUGCAUAUCUGUGUUCCCAGUCAUGUGAAAUCCAUAAAUCAGGACCUAAUGAAUUUAUUUCAAUUGACAGAUUUCCUUUUCCUUAUAUGAACUAUAACAUUAAAAUCUUUGAAAUUGUU